CCGGGAAAUUAAAUUUCACACGCAAUGGAAUCAGACCAGCUCUAUGUGCAUCAGAAGGUCCAAUAGAUGAUACAACAUCAACUGAAAGUCAUACGACUAUUGGAGAAGUCACAAAAUCGGUUGAAAGUCAAACGACUAUGAGAGACGUCACACAAUCAACAGAAGAACAAGUUAUUAUAGAUGAUACAAAAGGGACAACAGUCCGAUCUGGAGAUGCACUGGCAAUAGAAAUAGGUAUUGGAGUGACUGUGGCAGUCUUGGUCGUCGUUGUUGUUGUCAUCAUUGUUCUCAGACGAAGAAAAAGACUUCUACAACUAACGAACCACAAAAUCCCUGUGAUGAUGAGUGCUAACAGUGACUUCAAAUCAAACUGUCGGGUAACUGUCGAAAAAGCUGUGCCCGACAAUAGCUUUCACGUAAAGGAGAAACUAUGCCCAUUGGAGGAAGAACAUCUCGACCUUAAGAGUACAGCAAACGUUUCAAAUAUAGCCAUUGUAGAUGCAGUCAUUUACCAUACUAUAAAUGAUGUAGAAGAACCGCGAGGAAACGUCACAGGCGACGCCAAUGAUUACGAUUACACAACGACUAAGGUGGUACAAACUGAGACGGAUCCGGACAAAGUUUAUAACAAACUAGAACGUCGUGGUGAUUAUAACCAUGUAAAAGGUCAUUGUCAGAUGCUUGACCUACCAGCAAGCAAUCACUAUGACACGGCUUCGGUAAGCGGCAAAGAAAAUGCAACACUAGCAAGCGUAAAUGAUGAUUACGACCAUGUUGGAGGUAAGGAACGUAUUCAUAUCGCAUCAACAAGCAACGACUACGACUUGACUGACUCUGCAAUGGCAGUCAGAUCUAGAUCUGCAUCAGCAAACGUUGACGAAGGUGUAUACAAUCACAUUUCAAAUCCGCCAUGACGAAAAUAAGACGUUGCCACUUCAAAAUGCAGUGGCUAUUACGAUGACGGUGCACAGUAGGUAAUGCAUUCUUAAUACGCAUUUCUCAUGUUUUAUGUUAGUAUGUAAUCACCCUACUCUGACAUUCAGCAUUUCCUUUAAAUGUGUUAUAUAUUAAUACGUUAUGUAUUAAAACAUCGAGACAACAAUACAAGCUCGAUCCUAAGAAUAACCAAAUAUGAGAACUCUGGGCUGCAGAAUGGAACAGGGAUAUUAAAAACAUGCUUAUGGAGAUUCAGUACACCAACUUAUUACUGGCUAGUUUGUGAAUAUACUUAAACUAUUUAUUUUUUUUAUAUAAUUUGAUUAUCCCGUAAAAUCGGUUUUUAUACGGAACGUGUUUAAUAAUUAUUUGUUAUGUUUGUUAUAAAUGUUUUUGCCGAAGUUAAGAAUGUAUAUUGUAUAAAUGUAGUUUAUGUUUAUAUUAAGCUGGGUUGCUAUUUUGAGCGAAAUUGCAUGACUCUCAUCCGAAUAUAUUCUUUAUUAUAUUUAUAUCUCUGACAAUUUAAAUCAACGGCACGAUGAAGUUGAUAUUUGUUUUAAUUUCAUUCACUUAAUCGAGCCUUAAACAGUAAUAAUUAUAUCGCUAUUGUUAUCAACCAACCAUGAGGUAGUUCAACGGCUAUAACAUUAAAAUGCAUUGUCUUUUAUUGCUAUUUUAAUUAAAUUGUGAUGCGUUUAGGUUGGGUGGUAUUGUCAUUAAUAGUUUUACCAGCAACUCAGUGGAACAUUUUAUGUUUAGAGUUUUUAUAACGGGUUUAAACCACCAUUGCUUUGCAUCGACCCUUCCAAUGCGAUGUUCCCAGUUUGAUUCAUGUAUUCGUGUUUGUUUGUGUAUUUGUCUAUAUGUGAAUCAUAUCGAGUAUGUUUGGUUUGUGUCAGACAUUAUUUGCAGUUGGUCAAUUGCUAUAAAUAAAGGAUCAGAUGCUCUUA